UAAUUCUUGUGAACUCUCUUAACCAUGGCGUUUUCAUUUACUAGAGAGCUCCCGAUCUCAGUCACGCUUAUCUUUAUUUUCUUCCUCUUAGUCUCCUUCCCAGGGAGUACUCACAGUGAAGAAGACGAUUCAGAGACAGGGGGUGCAGGUGGAGGAGUUGGCGGUGGCGGGACAGGAUUUGGAGGUGGUGGGUCAGGUGUGGGAGGCGGAGGGACAGGUGUGGGAGGCGGAGGGACAGGUACUGGUAUUGGAUUUAACGGCGGAGGGACAGGUUUUGGGGGAGGAGGAUCGGGUGCUAGUGGCAGUGGUGUAGGAGGUGCAGGAGGAUUAGGUGGUGGCGGUAGUAACGGAGGCUUUGGAGGAGGAGGAUUUGGUGGAGGCGGUGGUAACGGAGGCUUUGGUGGAGGCGGUGGUAACGGAGGCUUUGGAGGAGGAGGAUUAGGCGGCGGUGGAGGUGUAGGUGGGGAAGAUCCACCGGAGAUAGUUGCCAAAGCUUUGGAAUGCUUAAAUGAGAAACAUAUAUACAGAGAAUGUGAAGAAACAUGGAGGCUAACGUUAACCGGAGACCUAAAUAUUCCGGUGGGUAGAACAGAAGAGUUCUGCCAAGGACCAUGCUUCUCCGAGACACAUUUGGCUUUGAACUGCAUUGAAGACAUCAUUCACCACUACAGAUUCUUUAACAGAGCCACCAUCCACGACAUCCGUGAAACCCUUAAGUCCGGUUGCAGCUACGGACCUGAACGAGGUGAUUUCAAUGUUCUAGAGCAUAUUGAAGAUGAAGAAGAAAAUGGAAGUGAGAAGAUGAUGAAGUCAAGAUUUGGGUCUUUGUUACUUGGGGCUGUUUUGUUCACCAUUGCCUUGCUUAUCUAAAACCUUUCUUAUAGCUAUAUGCUUAUUUAACUCUUUACAAUAGAUAUAAACCAACCUCUUUGUAUACUUUACAUGUAUACUUUACAUUUAAAGAGUGCUUAUAAAACCUUACGUUCUAACUUUUAAGUUUGUUAAAUUUGAUGUUA